UGUAAACAAUCGCUUGCUUGUGAUUCAUCGAAAUUACUAUUUAAUUUUAUUAUAUGAACUCACAUUUGAAAUACAGGUUCAUGUGAUUAGUCAUUUCAGGACCGAGAAUUCCAGAGGAUUAGGAAUUCAGCCUCAUAUCCGGUGGUCCUUAUCGCAGUGGCACUGACUAGAAGACGAUUCGGUGCCAGUGUCUCAGUUGUCACUUGUACAGUCGUAGUGAAGAAAACGGUGCUCUGGUUGUUACAGUGUAUGAGGCUCUGUUUAGUGAGGUUAAAAACGUUUUGCUGACAUUACUGCGGUUGAGGAAACCUUUGCCAGAAGAAGAUGGCGACGGAUCUCUACGGCUAUUCGCACGUGCUCCUCGGAUUCAUGGCUUUCUUCGUCUUUCUCAUCGGACUGGUUGGGACCGUGGGUAAUCUCCUGGCAGCGAUGGCGUUGCUAUACUGCCCUAAACUGCGCCAGCGAUCGGCCACUCUCUUCAUGGUCAACCUGCCCGCGUGCCUCAUACCCGUCUGCGCCCUCGGAAUGCCCAUGUUUGGAGCCGCCUGCAUCCAGCGAAUCUACUACGGGAGGGUCAUGCUCCCGGAGUGGGUCUGUGUCAUGACCUUCGUCAUUGGGCUUAUCCUGAGCCAGGUGCACAUCCAUACCAUCUGCGCCCUGGCCUUCAACAGGUUAAUAGCAGUUCUCAUACCAGCAUGGUACAAGCGUCUCAUGACACCAACCACAAUUAAGGUUUACCUGAUUGGCCUUUGGGUGUACUCUAUUCUGCUCUGGCUACCUCUAGCUUGCAAGUUAGGGGGAAGUCUGAGAUACAUUCCUGAAGAGAUGAUGGUCUCCUUAGACGAAAAAUCUGCAUCCAAAGCUCUCAAGGGUCUCCACGUCUUCCUAACCUACAUUCUGCCAAUUCUGUUCACCAGUAUAUGCUAUCUGAUAAUGUAUAUCAAGGUACGAGUCAUAAGGAAAGUGACGAGAACCCGCCGGGCCAGCGUCGUAGCCAUGACGGAGAGCAACAUCAUCCGGCAGUGGGACGACCACGUGACCAAGACCAUCCUGGUCAUCUACCUGAUCCUCAUCACCUGCAGCGUUCCCCACCUGGUCAUCCACGUCCUCCAACUCUACACACGGCACCAGACAGCAUGGCUCCUCCUGCACGCGGUGUUCUGGCUCCAGUUCUGCUUGGACCCCAUCGUCUACGUCAUCUUCAGCAGGGUGUACCGCAGGGCCACGUGGGAGUGCCUGGCUAAUCUCUUCCCCAACGUGGGGAUGUUCCAAGUGACCGAGGAACUCGGCAAAUCGGAAGAAAAGAGCAACUUGAAGGUCAACAACCUCAUUAGUUCUCCAGGUUGCAACAAGCACCUGAGACCGCCCCCACAAAAGAUCGAGUUCUCAAGCGAGGUUCAUCGUGAUCUACUCGAUCCCAAGAACAUAGCCAAGUCUUGAAAUAAUCCCGUGAAAACAGGGUAUAUGAAAUGAUCAUGCAGCAACCAAUGAUGGUUGCACUGUGUAUCCAUUCAUUCCCAUUUCUCUUCCGGUAACGGUUUACUGUCAAAACAGCAAACACCAAAGAAGUUCCUUCAAAUCAUGGUUUAUCAUUUCACUUUUAACUCAAGAUGUCACAUCGACGUAACUGUGUUCUGAGUAGGUAGGUCUGCCGUUACCGACGUUUCAACCCAAAACUCAUAGGCGCGAAUUUUGACCAGGGAAGGUGCAUUUAUAAGCAUAAGAUUCCUUCUGAAUAUAAGUUAUUCUGGAGGUAUGGUGAAUUGUAUAUUAAUAGGCUGUUUGUGGCUCAAUAUUUGAAAGUACAAAAAUGUCAUGUGUAAAAUUAAUGACACGCACACACAUACACAUAUAUAUAAUAUACAUAUAUAUGUGUGUGCGUGUAUGACUGUAUAUAGAGUGUAUGUGUACAUAUGAACAUUUUGUCAAUAAUAUUCAUACAUGUAUUUUUUUUUUAUAAAAUUGGCUUUUCUUGUUUAAACGUCAUAUAGUGUGCAUUAUUGUAUGCAGCAUGCAUAUCAGAUGGACAAGAACGCCGUAAUGCAUGGAUACAUUGAACAAAUAUCACAAGAAACAAAAACACGAAGCAACAGAGAAUGACUCAUUCGACUGCAACGUGUUAAAAAUGCGAUAUAUCUAUCAAACACCAAAUUCACUUUAUAAAAAAUAGUCUAUUUGCAUUCAUUCGGCCCUCCAGGCAUGUUUUCCAGUAAUAUUUUACAUGAAUAUUCGUGCAUAACAUCAUGCACACAUACUCUUGUAUGUAUGCAUGUAUGUAUGCAUGUAAGUAUGUAUGUAUCUAUAAACACCUGUGUCUAAGACUGUAAAUAACCUUGUUACUAAAUAUACUUGGUAAACACUUUUCAAAAACAGGAGUGAAAAAGUCUCACUUUGUUGGUUAAAUAGGCUUAGUUUUAAUUCUGUACUAAAUAAAAAGAUAAUUCUAGGUUACUCUACCUGGUUAGAGGCAUUUUACAAGCUUUUAUAUUUCUUUUAUGAAUAAUAAUUCUCAAGCAUUUAAGUGAGAAAAUAUACGAGACAAAAUACUGAAUAAAUAAGUGUAAGUUCAUAUGUGAUGGGUGGUUCACUCAUAUACAAAUAAUCUUCCAUGUAUGUAUGUAUAUAUAUGUGUGUAUAUAUAAUUAUAUAUAUAAUAAAUAUACAUACA